UUCCGCCGCUCGGGUCCCGCCCGCCCGGAAGGCGCCGCAGGUGAGGCCACCGGGGCGGGACGGGACGGGACGGGACGGGCCGGGCCGGGCCGGGCAGGGUGCGGAGCCCCGGGGCCGGUGCCGCAGCGGGCAGGUGCCGGGGCUCUUCCCCCGCCAUGUCGCGGAGCGCCUCGUCCCCGCCGCCCGCCGGCUCCUCGCCGCCGCCGCUGCCCCUGCAGCCGCCCCGCGGCCCCGCCGAGCUGAAGCCGGUGCGGCGCUUCGUGCCCGACUCCUGGAAGAAUUUCUUCAAGGGCCGGCGCGGCCGGGAGGCCGGCUGGGGCAGCACGGCGUCCGACAUCAGGUACGUGUCGGAUGGGGUGGAGUGCUCGCCGCCCGCAUCGCCCGGCGCCAGGCGGGCAGAGCCCCGGUCGGUGCCCGGCUCCUACAGGGAGCCCUAUGGAGGGUCGGGGGGCAGCUGCCCGUCGAGGAAGGAGGCUGAAGCCAUGCUGCGCGGGGACUCGCUGGGGUCGCUGGAGCAGCGUGCGCCCACCGGCAUGACCUACAGCGAGCGGGUGGAAGCCUACCAUCAGCGGUACGCCUACAUGAAGUCCUGGGCUGGCCUGCUCAGGAUCCUCGGCGUGGUGGAGCUGCUGCUGGGCGCCGCCGUCUUCGCCUGCGUGACGGCCUACGUGCACAAGGACAACGAGUGGUACAACAUGUUCGGGUACUCGCAGCCCUACAGCUACGGGGCCAGCGGCACCUACGGAGGCUACUACUACAGCGGACCCAAAACUCCCUUCAUCCUGGUGGUAGCUGGCGUGGCGUGGAUAGCCACCAUCGUGCUGCUGGUGCUCGGCAUGUCGAUGUACUACCGGACCAUCCUCCUCGAUUCCAACUGGUGGCCGCUAACAGAGUUUGGCAUUAAUGUGGCCAUGUUCUUUCUGUACAUGUCGGCGGGCAUAGUGUAUGUCAACGACAUCAACCGAGGUGGUCUCUGCUAUUACCAGUUUUUUAAGACGCCAAUAAACGCCUCUUUCUGCCGCAUAGAAGGGGGUCAGACAGCAGCAAUCAUCUUCUUGUUCGUCACGGUGGUCAUCUAUCUGAUUAGCGCAUUGGUUUGUCUGAAGCUGUGGAGGCACGAAGGAGCCAGGAGGCACCGGGAGUUAAUGGAACGAGAGAUGAAAACACAGUCAUCUUUACCAGAAAAGAAGUAUGACAGUGAUGAUGGACCAAGAGAAGAGGCCAAUUACAGCCAGCUUAAAUCAGUGGAAAGGAAACAGGAACUACUUAAUGGUCAUAUACCUGCAGGACACAUUCCUAAACCUAUAGUGAUGCCAGACUAUUUAGCGAAAUACCCAGCAAUUCAAACAAAUGAAAUGCGAGACCGGUACAAAGCAGUAUUCAAUGAUCAGUUUGCCGAGUAUAAAGAACUGUCUGCGGAAGUUAAUGCUGUACUAAAAAAGUUUGAUGAGCUGGAUGCAUUGAUGAGACAGCUUCCUCAUCAUCCUGGAAGUAUAUAUGAACAGGAAAGGAUAUCAAAAGUUCUGCAAGAAUACAAGAAAAAGAAAAAUGAUCCUGCAUUUCUGGAGAAAAAGGAGCGUUGUGAAUACCUCAAGAAUAAGCUUUCUCACAUAAAACAACGAAUUCAGGACUAUGAUAAAGUUAUGAAUUGGAAUGUACAAAUAUAGUAGUGCCUUGACCUCGGGGAUACUACUUUCUGGUUUUUAAAUCAAUAUGCAUAUUUUAAAAUAUUUAUUUACUUUCAGAACUGUACACUUUCUACGGGGAUAACUGCCUAAUCAUUUUGUCACUUAUUUAGAUAUUGUAUGUUAUGGUCAGGUUUUGUAUGCAGAUCAGUUAUAAAUCCAUGUAGAGAAGCUGUCAGAUAUGUUUAGAAUACCAGUGUUAACAUUCUGCUGUCAUCAGCCAGUACACAGCCUGGCCUCUUAAAGGUGCAUACUUUAUUUGAAAAUACUGUAUCUGCAGAGUCCACUAGAAAAAACAGUUCUAAAUACUGUAUCAAAAGUGUGUAUAUAAAUGCUGUAACAAUUUCAGAUUUCAUGUAUAGAUGACGUCUUAAUGGUAUCAGAAAGAGUUGAGCUGUUCCUUGUGGCUGCGGUUUGGCAGAGUAAUUCAUGACACAGAAGUACCCUAUAGACUUAUUUUCUACUUGGAAAGUAGGAAAUCAGUUUUAUAAGACUACUGUAUUUUCAAAUUCUCUGCUGUAUGUCAGAAGUUAUCUGGAAUUUCACCUAAUAAGGGAUGCAGAAUAAGUUCCUGUUUAAGCAAUGAUUGUAUGCUGGGUUGUGUUUUGUUUCUUAUGCGCCUCUGUCAAGAUGACACAGAAAAUACGUGGCCUUAAGGGAAGAGAGGUACAGGGUUGGAAUCAUGUUUAGUGGUCCACUAGCAUUGCUAGUGUUCUCUACAUAUAUUUUAGGGUUCAUCUUAGUAGGCUUCCAUGGGCUUAAAGAAAAGGAAAACACUCAUUUUCUUUGUCUGCAAGAUACAGGACUUUUUGUUUUGGACAAGUUUUAAGAUUACCUUGGUGCAAGUGUUUGAGAACUCAUUAUUCAGAGAACGAAAUUGUUUCCCAUUUGAAGUAUAAAUUACUAGCAUCUUUUAUAAGGGCAUGUAGGAUGUUUUGUGUAUUUUUUAAAGCAUACAUUUUCAUAUUGUGUCUUGAAGAUACAGGUUUAUAUAUGCAAAUCUUCCCACGAGCUAUUGAGUUCUCUUCUUUGUAUGCUUUUUCACAUCUUUGUUUACUUUUUUACUUAGUGAAAUUGUUAGAAGCAUUGGUAGUUUCUUUGUACAGUUUUCUAUACCUGCAAUUUGACUUUUCUUAAAUACAUUUUAAUUAAAAAAAAAAAAGGCAGUGUAACCAUGUUAUUCUAUUGUUCAUAAAGGCAUUUGGUUGGAAAGGA